UUCUUUGUUGUGUUGGUAGAACCGGCAUAAUUGAUCCCGCUUGGUUUGGUUCUUUUAUUUCUGCACGUUAAAGUGAAAUUCGUAAGCGAGUUCUUUAAAAAUUGAUUCAGUUGUUGUGAAAAAUACUAGUUGCCAAAAACUGAGAACAUCGAUUUUUUAUUCAAAAUGUCUAACCAAGUUAAUGGACAAACAGAUGAAACAAUGGAAAUAGGACAAACAGUUGCCAAUAACGUAGUUAAAGAUGAAAAAAUGGAAGAUGUACCAGCUGAUGAAAUGACAUCAAGGGACUAUUACUUUGAUUCAUAUGCACAUUUUGGAAUUCAUGAAGAAAUGUUGAAGGAUGAAGUUCGAACUUUAACAUACCGAAAUUCAAUGUACCACAAUAAACAUUUGUUUGCUGGAAAAACUGUGAUGGAUAUAGGUUGUGGUACUGGUAUUCUAAGUAUGUUUGCAGCUAAAGCAGGAGCCAAACAUGUGAUAGCUGUUGAAUGUUCUAAUAUAGUAGAUUUUGCUCGGAAAAUUGUUGAAGCAAACAAACUAGAUCACAUCAUUACUAUCAUCAAAGGCAAAGUGGAAGAAAUAUCUUUACCUGCAGGCAUAGAAUCUGUAGAUAUAAUCAUAUCUGAAUGGAUGGGUUAUUGUUUGUUCUACGAGAGCAUGUUAGAUACAGUUUUAUUUGCACGAGACAAAUGGCUCAAACCUGAUGGACUCCUCUUUCCUGAUCGUUGCUCUCUGUUCGUUACAGCAAUCGAAGAUAGGCAGUACAAAGAUGAGAAAAUUAACUGGUGGGAUGAUGUGUAUGGUUUUGAUAUGAGUUCAAUUAGAAAAAUAGCUAUAAGUGAACCAUUAGUUGAUGUUGUAGAUCCUAAGCAAGUAGUUACAAAUGCAUGUCUCCUUAAAGAAGUUGAUCUAUACACAGUAACCAAAGAAGAUUUGGAAUUUUCAUCACCUUUUCACUUGAUAUGCAGAAGAAAUGAUUAUAUUCAAGCUCUGGUUACAUUUUUCAAUGUUGAAUUCACAAAAUGCCAUAAAAGACUUGGUUUUACUACAGCACCAGAUGCUGCCUAUACCCAUUGGAAACAAACUGUUUUUUACUUUGAAGAUUACUUAACUGUUAAGAAAGGAGAAGAAAUUGAUGGUACGUUCACUAUGAAACCCAAUCCUAGAAAUAACAGAGAUUUAGAUUUUGUAGUUGAUAUCAAUUUCAAAGGUGAACUAGGAGAAGUCCAUGAAACUAAUAGAUAUAGAAUGCGUUAAGUUUAUAUCUCGUAGUUUAAGUCCUUUUCUUUUUAUUGAAUAGUGUGACUCAUGAAUAUCAGUGUUUAUUUCUGAGCUAGUCUUAAGUCAUUUAUCCAAUUCACAAAAUUGAACUUGAGAAACCUGAAAUGAAUCUUGACAUAAUGAUUUCACUGAACGGGAGCCAUUUUUUUGCAUUCAUUGGCUUUUUGGGAUAUUUUUACACACUAUUAGUAUUACUAAUUUUAUUUUAAUGGUUCUCUUUAAAUGCCUUAAAUUUUAUUUUCCACAAUAUUUUAUUACUUGAAAAUAAUGUUCAACAGAACUCUUAUACUUGAGUUACAGUUUUCUCUACUAAUAGUAUUGGUACUACAGCCAUCUGUAUUGACUGAUACAUUUGAAUGAUUUAUUCAAUUUUUCUAAAAAAGGAGUGCUUUAUAUAUACUGUAGAUCUACAGAAAUAUAUUCAUUCUCCUUAUGAUAUAAACUUCUGUAUAUAUAUAUUAGAUUACAAGAAAUCAUCAAUGCAGGAACAUUUAUUACGUUCUCAGAAAUGUUCAAAUAUUUUGGUUUUGUUUUUUUUUUUGUUAUUAGUAAUUCAAUUACCUUCUUUGGUAACCAGAUUGUAUUAGUGAAGAGUAACAAAUAAAAUUCCUCACACAAGUUUUAGAUCUGUUCCAUUUCUGGGGUAUUUUAUGUAAUUAAGUAAAUCUUGAUAUGACUUCCACUAGCUGUGCAACAUUAAAUUUUGCCAGAACAAACUACUGUAGUUGUAUAUAAUAUUCAAUAAUUAAAGUGAAUAUCUGCAAAUGGCCAAUCAAAUCCGGUUUUGUGAUCCUUGCAGUUGUUUUAAUUACAUAAAAACACCUCAUUGUAGAGAUAAUGCUUAAAUCUCCAAAAAAGACUAGUUAUUGAAGUGAAAAAUCAUCAACAUUUAAAUAUCUUGAAAUGAGAGUUACUUCAGGUAAUUUUCAAAAUGACUAUUUGGUUUUAUAAAAUAAAAUCCUAAACAGUUCUUAGAAAAAAAAAUUUACUUUUUGUAAAUGUAGUGUUGACAUUUUAUUAUACUCUAGGAGAAAUAAUUGGAAUAUUUGUGACAUAUUUUGAAUAGAAUAAUUUUAAAAUGAAAUGUAUAAAUCUACAGAAUAAUAAUUUGUACCACAUGCCUAUACUAUUUAUUACUAAUAAGAUAAUAAAAAGAUAUCAGCCCA